UUGUGAGGGGCAGGCUCGCGCACGUCCGCUCGCCUAGUGACAUUUAAAGCGCGCGUCUGCUUCACUGUGCGUCACACGCUCGCCACUGGCGCUUCAAAAUAGUUUGCAUUUAGCACACAUUCAACUAUAUCCAAAAGACAUGGCGUCCGUCACUUUAGGACAGCAUCUCGCUCAACACCUACGCGACCCGGAUCAGCAACUCCUUCACAAACUCAAGUCGGGUGACAGAAAGAAAUUCGCGCGUAAAUGGUCGCUGGAGAAAAUAAAGCGAAGCAGAGCGAGUGAUGUGGACAGCGCGAGAGCCGCAGUCUCAGCAUCGCUCAUGUUAUUCAAUCACGAGCCUUCUUCAGCAUCUCACAACCGAGACUGUAGCUCAGGCUGGCCACGUAGUGGCAUGGACGGAUCGCCCGCAGACAUGGACAGAGAAAACGCCAACAAUAAUAACGGAAUAUUCCGCAGGCACAGCGCCGGGAGCCGGAGGAGCUCGGGGAAGAGUCACGCGUCUUCAUCACCGCAAGAAGUUCACAAUACCUCGCCGCGAUGUAACUUCAUCUGCCCGCCGCCAGACGAGCUGGAGGGACUGCAGAUCGACAAACUGACGCGAGGGAAGUCAGGAGUGGUAAAGAUGCGAAAUGAGCCUCUCAGGAGGGAGGCAUGGUCCAUCUUCAACCAGAGAGACCCGAGGGUGAAGGCUGAGAAGGGAGAGGGCCACAGCUUCACCUCCACACCGCUGAGUCAGGACUGGUGCGACGCCUGCAGCCGCCAGAUCAGCAGCGCUGCGCUCAAAUGCCAGAACUGCAGCUACACAUGUCAUCUGGAGUGUCAGGGACUCGUUCAGCUGGACUGCAACCAACUAGAGAGGCGGACAGAGGAUGUGUCUGACCCUAAUCUACAGCGCCCCUGUGCCAGAGACCCUCAGGAGACCGUGAGUUCACUCGCUUGCCCAUCCCUGCUUUAUAAGACACAGCUUCUCACUAUCGACUUAUUAAAC